GCCCCAACUCUCUAGGGCAUUUUGAUGGUCCAUAUCUUUGUGUACUCUAUAGAUAUUAAACAUCGAUGUUUUUAGUAUACUAGUAAAUCAGUAAACUGUGAUACCAAACAUCCUUGUUAGGCUGUAAUGCAGCUCGUUCCUUGAGAUUUCUGAAAACAUUUCUUCUCGUUGUUUACAGAUUUCAAAUUUUAAACAGGUUUUGUGGAAAUCACAACCCCAAGUUGGAAGCUCAAAGAAUCCCUUGCUCAAUCUCACUAUUUGUAAUAGGACUGGUGGAGUUAUGUGGAACGGGAGAAUUUAGAUGAAGAUGUGAGGAUUUCACUUAGCUGCAUAUUUUUCCCAAUUGUCAAAGGCUGCUCGUUUAGUCCAUGCAACUAGGCCUCUCUGCACGAAAGCAUAUGACAGCAAGGCAUUAGCAGUGAAGCCUGUGAGAGAUGAUGAUGCCUACCAUCAGCUUGAGAACCUUGACUUUAUGACUGCGGCGAAAAUGCUUUUUUCGGAUCCUCCAAAGAAAAAGGAAUUUGGGCUUGAUUUCCAUCUGGUCCAAUUCUUCUUUUGCUGCCUGCCUUCAGUGGCUGUAUACAUGGUAGCCCAGUAUGCCCGUUAUGAAAUCCGAAGGAUGGAGGCGGAAGUUGAGGUGAAAAAGAAAAAAGAUGAGGGAGAAGAGAAAGCCAAAGGGUUGGAAGCAAACGCCUCGAAAGAAAGUGAAGAGGCAGCAUCUGCUGGUGAGCUGCUCAAAGUAAAAGACAGGCUAGAGGCGCUAGAGGAAGCAUUCAAAGAGAUAGUCGUAGAAAAGAAGAAACUGUCUUCACAUUCAUCUGAAGAAAGUAACAAAAGUGAGAAGGUUGAAGCGAUGAAAUCAAUUUCUGAAAAAUAAAGUAAAAGACACAAAUGCAGAGGAUAAUUCUGAUCAACAAUCCAAGACACAACCAUUUAGCCAUGUACGAGCUGCUAAUUCUAGAUCCGAGAGAGGUGGGGAAACUGCAGAAAAGAGUACUCAUCCCAAGAAAUAGUUGAAGGACAAGAUAGUUACUGCAGAAACCCUUUUGCCUUCGAAAGUUAGAAAUUUAAAAUCCUGUUUCCAGAUAGGUGAUGAACUUUUUGUCUGUAUACGCUGGGAAUUCUGAAUCUCGUCUCAUUCUUUUCUUCUUCUUUGCUUUUGAUGAGCAAAUUCUGCUCAUUUUGCAUCUUGAUUGUUGCAGAAAUAGAGCCAGCGACUCUUGUAGGCUGACAUUUUUGCUGUCUAAUGGAAUGUGAAAUCUCGUCCACC